AUGUAUAGUUUAGAGGAGUAUGUGUUGAAUUCUCCCCUUCCUUGCGUCAAUUUUGUCGUUUCUGACAAUGACCAGAUGAAAAUUUACACAUUACUCUCUACUUUUAAUAAGAACAAAGGCUCUGGAAAAUCUGAGCGCUUCAAUCUCAGAGUUCUUGACAGAUCUGACAUUAACCGACCUGUUUCAAAGAAGUUAAACUGGUUCCAAAGAAUCUCCAAGGAGCCAACUUGCGUAGUAUAUUGUACUGAUUGGCAAAAUUAUAAGGUAGAGUCUAGUAAGAACCUGAAUCCGGACUCAUUUUCUGACCCAAAUUUGGUGGAUAUAUUGUCAGGAACAGUUGGGAUUCCCUCGAAUUUUGGCCGGGAAAGGAGGAGCAGCGGGAAGAGCUUUGAUCCAGAAUCAUUCCUGGACCAAAAUGUGUACAGAGUAACUAGUAAACAGCUGGAGAAGUUAAUAAGGGAUGAUAUUGACCAUUUUUUAGUUCCAAUGAGGAAGGUUAAUGCAACUAAAACAAUCCCUCACAAGUUUUUAUUCCUGGUAAACUUGAACAAGAGUGUUAAAAAUCCCAACAAAGUGAUUGGGAGUUUGAAGAGUUUGGACCCUGCCGAAGUUUGUGCGGUUUGUGUUUCCUGUGGUCCCACAGAUAUUAACACUAAGCUGGAGAAACUUGAGCAAAUGAUAUACGAAACCUCAAUCUCAUACUAUGAGAAGAAGAUUAAGAAGUUAGGCAAAACUAUGGCAAAUUUAAAGGCACAAAUUACAGGAAAUUUAACUGAGGUUACGGAGCUCUACUUCACCCUUUUAAACUUUAAAAUCGCAUACUUUUCAGAACUUAUCUCAAACCGUAAAGACGCACAUGCUAAGUAUUCAGCGUGUUGGUCAAAUUUAAAACAGAUGGAUUCAAGUAUUUCAGUGAUUGAUAAAACUAGCCUUUCAUUCCAUGUUUGCAUCAGAAUAUUGGAUUACCUGUUUUACUCAGGUGAUUUGCUAGAGUAUCACAAUGUAUACAAAGAGUUCGAGCUUUUCAUUAAUCGCCUAAUUUAUGAUAAGUUUAGAGGUUUGUAUUAUAAUUUGUUGUAUUUAAUGAAUUAUUUUAUUGGUUUUAAACUGGAGACUGUGUCAUUAAAUGACAAGAACUCCAAACAAUUUCUGUUAAACUCUUCAAACUAUUACAAAUGGGCAUUGCACUUUCUUAUACUCUUACGUACAGAAAUCAACAAGUUUAACUCUGAAAAUGUGGAUAAUAAUGUAAUGGCAUACCAUGUUGCAGGGAAUUUUAAUAGUAUAUUCUAUUACGAGGAUCAAGACUAUGUAGAUCAGUAUGAUAAGGAGGGUGGAAAAAAUGAGUUAACUGAGGAGGAGCUGAAGCUUUUGGAUGACCAGUUUGAGUCUGAGACUGUUAGACUUGUGAUGAAGGUGUUUGGGAUUUACAAAGGAUUCAACUAUCCAAGCCACUUGUUGUAUAUUUAUGACACCUUGGGCGAUUCAUUCUUUCUCCACGGAAAUUAUAAGGAAUCAUUUAACAUAUAUCUCAGCAUCAUAAGACAUAUUGUUUACAAAAUUAACUUUAACGAAACAUAUUCCUCAGUUGUUAAUAAGUACUCAAAUUUUAUACCUGUUGAUCCUGAUGUGAGCAGUGAGUUGGAAAGUAAUUGGGAUAAAAUAACCGAUAGUGUUAUUAGUUUAGAGAAUACUAACAAAGAUAACUCUGUAGCGAACAAUAAAUCGGCUGGAGUGUAUGAGAUUGACUAUGUGGAGGUGAUUAACAUGUUUAUGUAUAGUGAAUUAUCCCACGAAGGUUUGUUCCCAGUUCUAUUCCAUAAGGUUUUAUCGAAGCUUAUUUUGUCAUUGGUUAAUAUACUAGAGAUUGGCAAAUUCCCUGAAAUUCUACUCAAAUUGUCAAAUCUUUCAGUCCCAAAAUAUAAUCCUAAAAAUCAACUCAACUCAGGCUCAGCAUAUAUGGCAGUUUAUAAAUUAGUAUUAAUCAAGUCUUUGAUUACAUUCAUAUCGAUUUCCACCGAAGAACAUGAUCUAAUUGAUUAUCUAAACGACACUAUUAAUUUAUUUUCCGCCCGUAAAUCUGAUCAACCCAAUCAAUUAGUUGAUUUAGAUGAUGAAAAUGAAUUAGAGAUUGAUAUGAUGGAAUCCUAUGUACUAUUGAGUAAGAAUGUGAUCAGUCAGUACGCUUAUAAAUUUGAAUCUGAGAGAAUAGAAGUGUUGAUUAGUUUUGAGACAGACGUUGAUUUGGAUUUACAGUUUUAUGAGGGAUUUUUGGACACUUCAGAAGGCAUUUUGCGUUUUUACCACGACAAAUCGGAGUACUUACCUGAGGCGUUUGUAGUUUACUGUAAUAACGUUGGUAAUGAAAGACGUGAAAUGGUACAACUCCCCAACAACACUCGGAUAAUAUUGAUAAUAAGUUUGCCGUUUUACACUCUGAAGAGGCUUAGAAUUAAUGGAGUGGUUCUUAAAUCUUUAUACUUAAAGUUGUUAGUAAAUGCAGUCAUUCUCACGAAUAAGUACUUCACAAAUGAGUUUACGAGUGUAAGCGUGUUUAGAGAUUUGGAUAGAAAAGUCAGGAUUGGUAAUUAUUCUAGUAGAUUAAUCACUGGCGAGAGGCCAUCCCGAUAUUUGUCACAUGAUGGAGAUGGUGAGCGUAUUCUUAACAUGAUUUACCUAUCAUGUAAUAAUUACGUCUCAGACGUUGUUGACAAGGAACUUAGUGCUAUGGAUAAGGCGAAGGAACUCAAGAUCAUGAACCUGAACAUGAAGAUGAAGAUUUUUGUGAAAAAUAUGGUCAAAAAGUUUAUGUCACCCAUCACAAUCGUAUUACUAUUUAAUCAUAAGUUCAGACAAUUAUACACCCAAUACUCAUAUCAACUACAUGUUAAUGAUUGUGAGUUUUAUGUAUUUGGCGAGACUGACGCGGGGUAUGUAAUUAGUAAGACGAAUAUUGUGGAUUUUGACCUUGAGGAUAGUUUGAUGGAUUUAGAUUACGAAAACUUGGAAAUUAAACUUGAUAGCUCAAAAUCACACCCUAAGGAUAUUCUUUAUCACUUAACCAAUGAUAAAGAUUGUGUAACCCGUCCGCAACAAUUUGAUGAAGAGGUUUUAAACUACAUUAACAUUUAUAGUAGUAAUUAUGACGUUUACAUCAUCUACGGCUUAAUUAACAUUAAUAACAUCGAAACACAAAAUGUUAAACUUGAACUCUUUAUUAAUGAUAAAAAUCAUAAUACUCAAAACAUUACUAGUGGUAAUAGUGUCAGUAAUGUGGAUAAUAAUAAUACUAAGGACAAUACUAAUAGUGUUUUGGAGAGUUUGGAUGAUAAAUUAUUGUCAUUGUAUGUUAGGAAACUUGAUGUUGAUUUGAGGGAUUUAGUUAAUGUUAAUGUUAACUACAAGUAUUACAAUAACUCAAACAUGAUGUUGUAUAUUGAUCUAGUUAACAACUCUGAAAUUGUUUAUGAACUUGUAAACGUUAACAUACUGUACAAUAAUCACGUUUUAAUCUCAAAUACAGAAGGAAAGUUGUAUGGGUAUAAGAAUAGGAUUGAGUCUGACCAGAGUGUGAACUUGAUAUAUAUAAUAAAGAAUUACCAAAACUAUCAAAGCCUUGGAGAUAACACAGUCCAGGUACAAAUUACCAAUUACGUAAGACAGGAGCUGAAAUACCCUUUUAACUGUAUGGAACAGUUCUUAAAGCAUACCAUAAAUAAAUUUGUAAAAGUUGAGAAACUCAACAAUAAAAUCCAACUACUACUCAAGCAUAGGAACAUAGUCCACUUGGGAGAACCCUUCGAACUACAUGCUGAAAUUAUCAAUAACACCAACAACACAAUUGAGUAUGUGGUAUUUUUGGACGAGUGUGAGGAUAGAGUGUACAUAAUUUCAGGACCGUUAAGUUUAAACUUGGUGGCUCUUCCGAGAUCUUCGGAUACCCUGAGUUGGAGAAUUGUUGCUACAAAGUGUGAGCCAUUUAAGUUACCAAUUGUAAGAGUUUCAAAUAAGCUUGAUUCUGGACCUACACGUGAAGUAAAAUCAGAGCCUUGCCAAAUCUACGUGGUGCCCCGAGGAACACCUGCCCUAGUAAAUUCACCAGGAAUCCAGGGAAUUUCGUGACGGAAUCUGGUGGAAGGCUGAGCCGGGAACUCACAGGUAGAAAAGGUGCCAAAAGGAGUUAAUGUGUAAACUCAAUCUGGCAUCCUCAGAGUCACUUUAAAAUAUCCUUAAAUCCUAGAAGGUUACUAAUUCUUUAAAUGCCCUGCAAUCAUUGGAAUCCUUAAAUUGUGUGCACCAACUUACAUGAUCAGAUGCCUGGAAAGUGCAUCAAACGCUUUUUAGUUUACGACUCUACAAUCUCUUUGUUUGACCUAAUUUUUAUUAUAAAUUCUACUUUUGACCUGUUUUUAUCAUAAUCUCUACGUUUAAGCUCUGUUUAUCACAGCCUCUCCAUUUAACUGAUUUUUAUCUUAAAUUUCCUGUUUAUUAAUCUAAUUUGGCGUUAACUUUGUAAUUUAAAUAUUAUUAAGUGUAAAAUAAUGAUUAACCAAUUGUAAAAUUAACAUACAAAUUGGCCCUUGAAAUAGGUUGAGGGUAAGAUGA